AUGGCAAAUGCACAGAUCAACGUUAAGUUCAUCACCAACAGAAGAGGGGGACGUAAUCUCGCAUUCAAUGGCUACAUUUACCGGGUAAAUCGAAGGACGGACAACAAGAUCUUCUGGAGGUGCACUACAUCUGGAUGUUCCGCCAGUAUCUCAACAGAGAAUGACAUCCCCACAGGUUUUGGACGACAGCAACACACCCAUGCAGCGGACCACACUGAAGUUGUCGCCAAACAAAUUAUGACAGCCAUCUCCAGAAGAUGUACAGAUGAAGUUAGGCCCAUCCCCUCCAUUUUCAGCGAAGAACUCAACAAACUCCGAGACAACGAAUGGGACGACACCAGCAGAGAGCUCAUCGAGAGGCUGCCAACUUUCAACACCGCCAGGUCAUCACUCUACAGAGCCCGCAGGAAACAGACACCACCACUUCCAAAGACUACAGCAGACAUCAGACUGGAGGGGAAAUGGACAGAGACAGAGACGGGUCAACAAUUCCUUCUACUAGAUGACAUCUUCCAGAACAACAGGAUACUUGCGUUUGCGACAACAGACAACCUUCAAGACCUUGCUGCCUCCGAGACCUUCUUCUGCGAUGGAACAUUCUACACCUGA